CGUUGGAAGAUGUAGGCGAGGAGUAUUUUUUGGAUCUUGUUCAAAGAAGUCUUAUUUUGGUUCAAAGGAAAGGGUCUAAUGGCAAAAUUAAAACAUGUAGAAUUCAUGAUCUCUUAUGGGACCUUUGCGUCAGAGAAGCUCAAAAAGAGAAUUUUUUCCAUGUCAUUAAAAAGAGUGUCGAUGAAAUUUAUCAAGACACUGGUAUGUGCCGUGCAAGUAUUCAUGUUGAGAAGAAUUCUCUAUCAUUUUCGGACAGUGUGCAAUUUUACCAUGCAACUAAAGGUUGGGGCAUAGAGCCUCGUUUCCGUGCAAGUUCUAUAGGUUCUAGGCCACUUAAAGUUCUUUUCAAUUCUAGGCGACUUAGAGUACUGCAUAUGGAGGGAAUUCAUCCUCUCCUAAAAAUGGAACAAUUGGUUAAAUUGAGGUACAUCUAUUGCUUCCCUCAAAUGUCCACUGCAUCAAUAUAUAAACUUCGAAAUCUCCAAACAAUAGUUUGUUUGGAUGAUUAUGGGUCCAUUGAACUACCACCAGAAAUAUGGGUGAUGCCACAAUUGAGACAUGUCAUGUUGAAUGCUUCUGUACAUCUUCCUGAUCCUCCUAUUUCGGAAAUUGAGGGAGAAGAAAAUUCUAUUGUUGUUCUAGAAAAUCUACAAACCCUCUCGAGGAUAUAUAAUUUUAGGUUGACGGAGGAGGUCCUCAAAAGAAUUCCAAAUCUACGGAAAUUGGCUGUCCAUUAUGAUUCUAUUGAGGUGGCCAGUUGGGAAAUAUACUGUCUCCAUAAUCUUGCGCGUCUGAUUAAACUUGAAUCAUUAAAAUGUUGGCUUACAUAUACGUUCCCCUGUUUCCUAGCGCAUGUCACUUUUCCAACGUCACUCAAAAAGUUGACUUUAGAAGGCACGGAACUUCAUCCCAAAGAUAAUCUCAAACUUCAUCCCGAAGAAUUGAAGAUUCUUGGUAAGUUGCCCAAUCUGGAAGUGCUGAAAUUGAAAAACUGUGCCUUCAAUGAACUAGAGUGGGAACCAGAUGAAGGAGAAUUUCUCAAAUUGAAAUUUCUGCUGUUAGACGACGUUCAUCUGAAGCACUGGAGAGCUGAGAGUACCAACUUCCCGAGUAUCGAGCGCCUAGUCAUUUCGAUCAGGUCUUGCAAAGAGCUGGAUGAGAUCCCUAGUGGUUUUGGGGAAAUUUCAACUCUUCAAUCCGUUGAGUUGUGUGGCUGUGGAGAUUCAAUCGUAGAAUCAGCAAAGAAAAUAGAAGAGGAACAAUUGAGUUGGGGAAACGAUGCCUUCAAGUUACAUAUUCAGAAGUUCUAAAUGUGCAGAGUUUCAAAGUUGUCCAUUCCAAUCAUUUACUGUCUGCAGUUCGAGAUAUGGGAGUUCAGUUUAAGCCAACUUCGAUUCAGUUGCUGUGCAUUAGAGUGCAAUUAAGUUUCUCUAAAGUCUGUACUGUACAACCAUGAUUUCAUUUAGUGUCCUCGUUUGUCUAUGUACUGUACAACCAUGGUUUCAUUUAGUGUCCUUGUUUGUCUAUGUACUGUACAACCAUGGUUUCGUCUCUUUAUUUGAGGUUUUCGCAUGAUUUUAUCAAUAUUAUUGAUAAAUGUUGUUGAGAUAAUUAACCUUUAUACUUGUGUGAUUUAUGUAUCAUUGUUCUUGUCA